GGUUUUAGGAUGUCCUGCUAUAUAAGUCCCACAAGAGAUCGAAGGUUACAGAGAGUGCUGUCUCUGGACCAAAGUGACUUCCCUAGUUGUAUUUUCAGCAUGCAGUUUAUUUUAAUUUCCAUCUGCAUCUUGUUGCAUCUCUGCUUCUGCCUAAAUGACAAUGGAUGUCCAAAGAAUUGCAUUUGUGAAAACGAAAAGUCGAUACAGUGCUACAGGGUACAUGCUGUACCGUCUGGGACUGCAAAAGAUACAAGGAAACUGAAUCUAGGAUACAACCACAUUAAGGAUUUAAAGAGAUGUGAUUUUACUGGACUGACACAACUUGAAGAAAUUGUUCUGUCAUCUUGUGGAAUAGAAUCGAUAGAAGUGAACACUUUCAAGUCUCAAAGCCACCUAAAAACACUGGAGCUCCUGAAGAACAAGUUAAAGCACAUGCCUCGUGGACUCCCCCAUAGCCUGGAAAUCCUCAAACUGGGAAAUAACAGGAUACAGCACCUGCAGGAGUCAGCUGUUGAUGGUUUGAGAAACCUGCGCGUUCUUGACCUUCAAAACAACCUGAUAUCCAGCCUUCGAGGGAACACAUUUACCUCUCUGUUAAAACUCGAAAGUCUCUAUCUAGAUGGCAAUCAAAUUGAAUCUUUAAUGGGUUCCCCUAAACUACCUCAGCUCCGUCAGUUAAGCAUUGCGAAUAACAAGAUUCCCUCUUUACCGGCAAACUUUUUUGCAUCUUUACAAUCCCUUAAAAUGUUAAGUCUUUCUGGAAAUCACCUUGUGAAAGUUCCACAGGAUCUCCCUCAGACACUCGGGUCCCUGAAUUUAGAUUUGAAUCAAAUACGGGCACUGAGGAGUCGGGAAAUGGGCCACUUGAAACAUCUUUCAGUUUUGUCAGUGGCACAUAACAAGCUAGUUUCCAUUGACGGCAGCCUCCGUCUGCCAAACCUUACCAUGAUUGAGCUCUCUGGCAAUCAUAUGAGGCUGCUGCCAAGCAAGUUGACAGCUAAACUAGAAAAGCUGGACUGCCGCCAAAACUUGAUUCGGGAAGUUACCCAGCAAGAGCUUUCAGGAAUGAACCAACUGAAACACCUGUUUCUGGAAAACAACCUCAUUCACCACUUCGAGGCUGCAGCCCUGAAGAACUGCCUGCGCUUAACAAGCCUGGCUUUGGAACAGAACUUUCUCUCAGCCAUUCCAGAAGGACUCCCGGAAACACUCAUUCGACUGGAUUUGAAGGGAAACCACAUUGCAGUUAUCCAAGAACAAGAACUCAAAAGUCUCAAGAGGCUCCAGGUUUUGAACCUGAGGAACAACAAGCUGUCCAGCCUGAACGCCAUGGCCCUGGAGAUGCUCCCGCGACUGAGGAAGGUCUACCUAGAUGGAAACCCCUGGAACUGCAGCUGUGAGCUCCUGAGAGUCAAAAGGAGGUUGCUGGCUCGGCAGGUGGAAAUCCACACUGAGUUCUGCACCGACCCCCUCCAGGCACAAGGGGACAGCUGGCGAGACCACCUCCGGGCUCAGGACAAAUGUGAAGAGCACAUCAGAGGCACAGCGCAAGACCCCCAAGAAAGAAAAAGCAAGAGUACAGCUAGGACAGCGCUUCCUGAGCAGACAGAGAUAGAGGAAUACUACGAUUAUGAUACAGAGUAAUCCUGACUGUUUUUUUUUUAAUGUUGAUGUAUUUUAGUAAACCAAACUAAUUAUUUCAGUAAAGAGUAUGACGGUCCCAUUGUUGCUAUCACUUUUUUCUUUUUUGUGAAAGGAGACAAAAAUAUUUAACUCUGCCUUUGAAAGCCUUCACAGAUGU